UUCAGUGUUGUUCAAUCUAAUCUACUUCACGCACAAGUGAUAAGUUCACUGGUACUCUGUGAAGAUUCAAUUUUCAAUACAUUGCAUCAUGAAGAUGUGCGUUUGGUUAUUGAUUGCUCUGGCAAUAACCCCUAAAGGUGGAGAAUCCUCCCCUCCAAUGGGAAAGUUACACAAUUAUAUCGAAGAAAAGGACUCCACUAGCGAUGAACAAGAUAAUUUAGUGACGCGGAAGGAGAGGAAUGUUGGGCAAUUUGGCGCCAUGAUCGCUUGUGAAGUUAAAGAUCUGAGAUCGCCAGUCCUUAACGGCUACGGGUGCUUCUGUGGAUUAGGAGGGAAAGGGAAACCUCUCGACGACAUUGACCUAUGCUGCUAUGUCCACGACAAUUGUUAUGGCGACAUACAAAGAACAAAGAUAUGUGGCCCAGAUCCUAAUGCAGUGUAUUAUGUGACAUACCGGACACAGGGGUGCAGCGGCUGCAGAGGAUAUCAUUUCCUGUGGUUCCUUGGAUAUGGAAACAGCAAGUGUCAGAAGAAGCUCUGCGAAUGCGAUGGCGUUGCGGCCCGUUGCUUCAAAAGCCACUUCUCGAAGCUGCAAGAUCGUUACAUAAACUAUGAUAAAUCAAAGUGUUAGGAAUCACCUCGAGCUCCGAAACUCUUUCUGCAUCUGAACAAUAGUAAAAGAUAUGAAGUGAAAUGAAUAGCAUUUUCAGGAACAUGAAAUAAACUUUAGUGG